AUGAACCCAUAUGCAUCAGACGAUUUCAGCAGAAUGAAAGUCAAGUCAGAGCCUAAGCCACCUAAGCCUGAAGAAAAUCCAGACAUGAUAGACCAUCCAUUUUUUGAAGGCAAGAAACUUGAGAUGUCUAAAAAAGAGUUAAAAGCUUUCACAAUGGCAAUGGAACAACCUGAAUUCAAAACCUUAAUGGCGGACUAUGUUAAGGAAAUUUCAGAUCCCAAUAACAAGCAAGAGUAUGAAACUUAUCUUAGGUAACUUGAAGAGUCAGGUGAUCUCCCAGUUGGUACAAAACUUAUCGAGCCAACAGGAUUGUAUUGCAUUAAGACAACUGCAAAGAAGUUGGUCAGUGAUACUAAUAAGCAGUAUUUCGAUCAAAAGACAUUCAUUAACGUUUGCGUCCAUGAAGAUGUAGAGAAACCAAAGAAGGAGUUUGUGUAGAUGCCAGAUGGCAGACAAGGUAACUCUUGGUAGCUACCUUACAGAGUCAGUAAACCUAGACAUGAUCAAGACAAGCAUGGAAAUUUAUGCAGUACUUUUGAUAUCGUAUUCCAUAGGGACGUUGCCGGUUUUAUCAUUUACGAUGACUUCAAGAGAUUCGUCAGUGAUACUGCAGUUGAAGGUGUAAAUAGAGUAUUAGCUGAGCACAAGGAAAAGUGUUCCUCAGAUUAUAAAAUUAUGAAGCAUUUGUAAUGCAAAGGUGGUAAGCCAGGUUUGCUCACUAUUAAGGUAGCAAUUGAGAACAAACUACUCUAGAAUGCUGAUGUAAAUAAGCAUGAGACAAAGCUCUAAAAAGAUAUUUCAAAUUAGACUGAUGAAUUUAAAAAGUAGCAAUAGGAGUAGGAGGCACUUAAGAAAGGUUAAUCUGCACAAUUAGGUGAGAUCGAUGAGGAGGAUGUUGAAGAAGAAGAACCAAUGCCCAAGUCGGUCGUUUAACCUAAGUAUAAGAUAGUGUAUUCAUAUCCAGUAGAUUUGUAGGAUUCUUGGGAGGGCUUCAGUACUAAUGAAGGAUUUGAAAUUCAGAAGCCAGUUCAAAAGAUCCCUAAGGAGUUGACUGUUACAAUCAAUGUGCCUCAUGUGGAAUCAAUGAAGUUAGCCUUGCUUGAUAUUAACUAGACUAAUCUCAUAUUUGAAUACCCAAAUCUCUAUUAUCUUGACUUAAACUUGAAAUACAUUUGCGAUUCAAACCAAGGUAAUGCCAAAUUCGACAAAAAUAAGAAGACCCUUACUAUCAGAGUACCUGUUAAAGGAUUAACUGAAGAAUCUCAAAAAGUAUUUGAAGAAAAUUUGAAGAAAUACGAUGAAAUGAAGUAAAAGAAAGAUAAGGACAUUGAAAAUGGCAAACAAAGGGAAGAUGAGGAAAAGAAAGAGGAUGAAGAUAAAAAACAUAAAUUAGAUGGUAUUUCAGAAGCUACUUCAGGUGAAUCAAAUACAAUAUUGCCGAACAUUGACGUGAUUGGAGGGGAUAUUCUUGGAGAUUAGUAUAAGAAAGAUGAUGAUGAGGUAGACUUGAAAAAACUCAAGGAAGAAGCUUUAAAAGAAGAUCAAGUAAAGCAAGAUGAUCUCAGCAAACAAAGAGAAAAUUUCUUAAAAGUGUAUAAAGAGGAUUAAGAUAAUUAGGAUUUCGGAGAAGAUGAUGGAUAGCUCAAGGAAGUUAGAUUUAAAAAUACUCUUGGAGAUGAAGAUGGAAUUAAUUCAAACAUCAAAAUUACUGGUCUUAAUGAUUUGGCAAGCAAGCCUUUAAUCUAAGAAAUAAAGUAGAAUUCACAAGGAAAUGAGAAAACUAGUCAAGCAGAGUAAAAGAUAUAAGAAAAUGAGAGUAUAUUGCCUUAAGUAAAGCAAUAGGUCUUUGAUUGGGAUAAAACAGAAAGAAUCCAAGCAAAGUUCCAAUUUUUCCAUCAGAAGGAAUUCGUCUUUAUCAAUCUAAAUUUUAAGGGUUACAACAAGUUAACUGAUGUAAGAUUUGCAUUAUCUGAGAACGAAUUAGUGCUUGAAGUUAAGUACCCUUCAGCACUAUGGACAAAAGAUAACUAAGUAUUCUAGAUUAACAGGUUAUGUUAUACUUUACAUAAAGAAAUUGACGUUUCUCAAAGUAGUGUCGAAUUGCUUGUAGAUUUUAUUGCAAUCAAGUUGAAGAAACUUGAUAAGGAAUCUUCUUGGAGUUCACUGGGUUAUGAAAUCAAGGAUUUUACUAUUCCUAUGAGAGGUCAAAUGAAAUCUAACUUCCUUAAAAGAGAGGUACCAUAACAAGAAAAUAAAUCUGAUUAAAAAGAUAAUGGAGUUAAAGCUGAUGAUAAUGAAAAUAAGGAGAAUAAGUAAGAUGCUUCAAAUAUGGAUUAAAAAGACAACAAUCCUCAAUAGAGUGAGGAUGAGAAGUAAGCUGAGCAAAUUCAUAAUGAAAUUAAGAAAAGUGCUCUCCAAUUUAAUUUCAUGAAUUUAGAAUCAUCUGUCAUAUAUAAAAUAUACUGA